AUGUAUUCGAUUUUAUUUCUGUGGACCAUCAUUGGAUGCUCAAUGAGCGCCGUACAUAGAAUACAUGUGAAAAGGGUUACGCCUCCAAUGGUUCAAAUGAUACGAAAUGGCACCUGGACUCGUUACUUGAAAGCUUUAAAUGAAAGAAUAUUACCGUUUGAGAGAGAUAUAGCCGGUGAUAUUUACUUACAAGAUGUUGACAGCUACCUCAACGUUGAAUAUUUGGGCGAAAUAACAAUCGGUUCACCUCCACAAAGUUUUCGAGUGGUAUUGGAUACAGGUUCGGCAAAUCUGUGGGUUCCUGACAGUUCAUGCUCCCAAGAGAUAGAACGACCUGAAAAUUGCAAAACUGCUCUGUGUGACUUUGGA